AUGACAGCGACCCCUGUAAAACUUGUAUCCCGUCAUUUAGGCAAGUACCAGGCGAAUGGACCCAAAGAAUUUGUGAGCAGUCGAAAAAUGUUAGCCGCAUAUUACUAUUGUUCGCUUUAUGGGCAUAAGGAAGCAUUUACUUGGAACAUUGUACAAAUGAUGCAUACCACGUAUAGUCAUCUCUAAUCAUUCAGCGUUUAAUUAUUAUACUAUACACUAUUGGGUACAUAAUAAUUUUAUAAAAUAGAGGUAAUCAUUGAUUACUGAUCCUCGUUCGUCAACCUAGUCGAAAAGAAACCAGUUUCCAAGCUGAGGUGCCCCUGAUAAAAUCAGGGUGGGCGGCUAAUCGGCAGUUGCUCCCGAUACCUCAACAAUCUGCAGCUUUGUACCACAGGAACACCAAGAUUAGGAUGUGUUGUGACGAACACAAAUAGAAAACAUAUAGUCUCGAGUUCAUCUAUCGUGCACACACCAAGUGAUAACGAUAGACAAGAUGACCCACUAACACAAUAGGUGCAUGGUAUGGACUGACUUGCGUUGUAAACCACUCUUGUGCCGUGUGAUAGCUUUUAAACAUAUAAAGGUAUUGAUCCGCACUUUGCAGGUAUCUCUGAGCGGUGUGGACACUGGCACAUCUGAAGGGCUGACUCUCCAGACCCUGGAGAAUUUCAUGCUUGGGCACUUCUUGGGUCUUACAAGAGAGCAGGCUGUCGAUCGCUACCAGUUUUACAUUCUCAAGACGCUUCGGGGACCAAAACUGACUAUGGAUAGUCAUGUCACGGGGAAACAGUUUUAUUUCUACUGGAAAGCUGGAGUGGAAAUGGUAAAAAGGCGAUUCGCUUGGUAUAUUUUCAUUUUAUUCAAGUUCUUCUCUAGGGAAAUCGAUCCAGAAAAGUGCGAGUUAUCUGUAGUUGAAAGCAAGUGACUGAAAAUAAGGAAAUAAAUAAAUGGGAUGGGGCGGGAAACGCAAGUAUCAUGCACAUUUCACUUCAAGAGCAACAACAACAACAAAACUUUAUUAAUAAAUAAAUAAAAUUACAGAAGUAUUGCCAGUAGCUAGUGAGGCUUUUCGAGGCUGGAAAAGGAAAGUCUACAGUUUACAAAUAAAUAAAAUAAAAAUCGUAAUAUGAAGGAGGACUAGAUAGCAGAUUAAAAAAACAAAAAAGAAUUAAUCUAAUUAGUUGUAAAAGUAGAAACUAAUAGGCAAGAAUUUAUUUUGCGACAUUUUUGGCUACUUUACCUUUUUAAUUAAGGUGGGCGUAUCAUAGCCAGUUUGGUGCUGCGCUUGCGACAUGUCAUCAGUGACUGGAAUUUCUUCAGUUGAUUCUUUAGAUCUUGGAUUUCUUUUCGUAACGCUUGCUUUUCUUUCCUUACUUCCUCAGUUCUGCUCAUAGUUAAGAAAAAGUUCAAAGAUUUAGAAGAAAUUUAAUAAGAAACCAGAGUGAUCGAGAAAAGGUUCGACCGUGAGUAGGUUCUCUGUACCAGUCUCCCAGAGCAGCAACAGAUAUAUUGAUGAGAAAUAAAUAGAGUGACAACGCUUUUUCAAUAUAAAAUGGUAAUCCAGGGUAAAAUCAUAUAUAGACGAGCCGAAGGGAGAAAAAACGGGUUUGAGGUAUCGUCAGUCGACUGUGUUGUUGACUAGCUAGGAUUCGAUUAACAGUAAAAGUUUUUUGGCAAAACUAGGACAUCUUUAUGACAAUGCGCUGAGACACUAGACUCUUAAUUCAAUUUUAACUACAAACAGUUAAUAUUAUUGGAGACAAAGCAUGUGACAAAAAGUGUCAUUUGUUUCAGGACUCAUCUGACAAGGAGGAAGCGAUGCGCGAUAGCCUGGAUCCACUUCCAGAGCUGGGAUCGGAGCCAUCCUCGUUACCAGUCAGGCCUUUCGCUGUGAUCAACCUGGGAAAGUCGAUCGCACUACCGCCAGUCAGGCAAACUGGUAGGAAAAGCAAAAUUGUCAUAUUUGGAAAUGAUACUCAACAACCAGAAAAGUAGGGAAAAAAGAAAAGGCUUAGAAUACAGGCCCGACUUAAUUGCCUUGUCCUAUUUCUUAAAUAAUAUAAUUAAUAAUUAUUAUAUAUCACUUAUGCCCUUUUUUUUUGGAAUUUUGUAAACUUUUCGUUAAUACUUCUUUUUUCAAGGGUCUUCCUUUCCCUGGAAUGAUUGAACGGUGUCCUCCAGGUCUGGAAUCAGUUCCCACCCUAAGUGCAAAUUGUUAACUUGCGUCAAGAUGCUUUUGUCAAAGGAUCAGUCUGUAAUUUGAUUUUUUUCUCCUGCACAUUGUAGAAUUACCAGCGGCAAUUACAUUGUUCACGAUCACCAGUGAUUGGGGCUCCAUAGAGACCGAAGGACCACUUCACUGCGUUCUAGAUGUGCAAGGAUUUCCAGCCCAGCCAUUUGGAUCUGGAACUUUUCAGAACGCUUUUAAGGCUACCUGUAUCGUACCUAAUAAAUUUUUAGAUUUGUCAGGAAGAUACGUGUUAAAACAACAAAAACUUGAAGGUCCUUUGACGACUGAAGCGGUUGAAGGUUUAUCAUCUGAGGACAUGGACCUAAUGGACGAGGAGAGCAGUAGCAUGCUAUCUUUCAAUGAAUAGGUAUAUUACACGGACAACGGUGUCCACUGAAAGAAUACUUUAAAGUCCAGUCGGGAACAUGGUUUGAUCAGUGAUUGAGUUUGGAGCAAGUUUAAAAUCAUCCCCGCCUUUUUAAUGAGAAGGCUUACAGUUUGGCACUCAGUUAACCUUCUAUUCUAUCUUUGUCAUAUUCAAUUCCCAGGGCUGUCAGAUUUCAGCUGUUGCUAAUGCCCUUUGCCAACACUACAAUUUGAAGUGCAGGCAGAUACCUGAUUACGGCAAAGAAAUAAGGUAAGGAGAAAAUGUCUUUGUCAGGGGUUCAGACAGCUUUGGUAUAGGCUUGCAGAAAUGAAAUCUGUACAUAGAAAAGAUUCUUAGACGCAGUAGGGAUCAGAGAAGCUGGUACUAGAAAGCAGGCAAUAACGAAUCGUGAAGGUGGUGGUGGGGCCUCUUCCCAAAGAGACAUUUCAGAGAUAUUUAAUCUUCAAAUAAUCAUGCAUUUUUGGAGAGUCCAGUUACAGCAGUUUGUACCUCCGAUGGGCAUAGAUCUGGCAUAGCCUAUACCUAUAGUUUGGCUAGGACCCUUCAUUCAGUUUUUGGGAGUGUUGUGAAUUCUUUCUCUCUUUUUUACGUAUAACCAUCCUUAUUCUGGCGAGAUGAAUUAAAAUUUGUUCUAGUUUGUUUAUAAUUUUGCAAAUACGCAAUUUUAAGCUCUGUGUUGUGAAUACCCCUUUCAUAUUAUCUUAGGGUAUUACCAUCACUAUUUGUAAAGAUGACUGGACAGUUUCCUCCUUGUGGGAUUUUGGAACACGAAAUAGAGGGAACUUGGCAAAAAUUCCUAAACAAUGACGGACUGGAGAUGGGUGGCGAGGAGAACCAGUUCAAACUGAAGGCACUGGCGCUCGCACAUGGCGGACUUCUCGUUUGUGACCUACAGGGUAAGUUGAAAUUUCCCCGCUUUCAAGAGAACCAGUUCCAACACAGCAACUGAUUCACUUCUAAACAAUCGACAGAGACCAAUUAAAGGAGACAGCUUCAAGCAGUUAAUCAAGUUUAGUACAGUAUUUCGCGAGGAGUAAUCCAGAAGUACUAAUUAAAUUGGCCAAUGCUUGCCAUUUCAACAAUUUAGUCCACAUAAAUGUGUGCUUGUUAGGAUAUCUCGCUUACCAUGUAACCGCAAGACCUUCCAUACUGACUGCUCCCAAACACUUUUAAAACCUCUUUAGGAGCCAACUACACUUUGUUCGAUCUGGAGAUCGCUUCUACAGACGGGAGGUUCGUAUGACUGAUAAAAUGAGACAGUAAUACCUUUAGUUACAGUAUUAGAGAGACUUCACUGAAAAAUUGCAAAAUCCUUCACCCCAAUGAAAUUAAGGGAAUAGAAUAAUAUAUUAUUAAUUAACGUUCUACUGGCAGAGUAUUACAGAAAAGAGAAAAGUUCACACUUAAGAAGAGAUACCCGUAAGCUAUUUGUUUAACUAUUUAUGUGCCUUUUAUUGGCGAGUCCUGACAAUUUUUAUUAGGCUGUGAGACUAGUAGAUGUCUAAGGUACACAGAGUUUAGAUGUUGUCGCUUUUUGUUGUUGUAAGCUCUUAUUACAAUAUCAUAUUGACGACGACUAUGGCUGUUACCCAUACAUACAUAUACAUGUGCAAAUGUUACGAUCAGUGAUUUUUAAUAUCAGUUUACUGCAAAUAUAUUUCAUUGCAGGAUAUUCGUGAUUGGCAAUCUUUCCUGUACUGUGCUUGAGGGAUUCAAGUCAAGCCACCGAUGUAAUGUGUAUUGCAUUGCAUUGGAGUUGCCUGGUGAGUACAUGCAUGCUUCUUUUUAA